CCCCCCCUUUUUCUCCUCCUCCCCUCUCCUCUGCUAUUUCUUCCCUCCCGCAGCUGCUGCCGCUGCUCUUGUUUGCGCGUGGAUGGCACUGAGCUGCGGCGUCGGGGGAAGAAGUAGCAGCCAGGCGGCGGCGGCGGCGGCGGCUGCAGGAGGAGCAGGAAUUCCGGGCAGCCCCGCAGGAUUAGCCGCUCCCAGGCUCCUGAUGGACGUCGAGAGUCCCGGCGAGGAGGAUUACGAGAGUCUACCCACCAGCGCCUCCCUUUGCACGCACAUGAUGGCCGGGGCGGUGGCCGGCAUCCUAGAGCACACGGUCAUGUACCCUGUGGACUCAGUCAAGACCCGGAUGCAGAGUUUGCAGCCAGAUCCCAAAGCCCAGUACCGUAGCGUGUUUGAGGCCCUGAAGAAGAUGAUCCAAACCGAAGGCUUUUGGCAACCUUUGCGAGGGAUCAAUGUGACUGUGCUGGGGGCGGGCCCAGCCCAUGCGCUGUACUUUGCCUGCUACGAAAAAAUGAAACGCACUUUAAGUGACAUUAUACACCACGGAGGGAACAGCCACCUGGCCAACGGAAUGGCUGGGAGCUUGGCCACUCUACUUCAUGAUGGUGUUAUGAAUCCAGCUGAAGUGGUAAAGCAGCGCAUGCAGAUGUACAACUCUCCAUACAAGUCCGUCUUGGAGUGCAUCAGGACGGUGCAUAGGACUGAAGGGAUGGGUGCCUUCUACCGCAGCUACACCACUCAGCUCACCAUGAAUGUCCCCUUCCAAGCCAUUCACUUUAUCACCUAUGAGUUCAUGCAGGAGCAGAUCAACCCCUGUCGGCAAUACAACCCCAGCACGCACAUCAUUUCAGGUGCUAUUGCUGGAGCUGUGGCAGCUGCCGCCACAACUCCCCUGGAUGUCUGCAAGACUCUCCUCAACACGCAAGAGAACAUGGUCCUGAGUUCUGUGAAUGUUAGCGGACACCUCUCGGGCAUGGCCAAUGCCUUUAGGACAGUGUACCAGCUGGGGGGUAUCGCUGGGUAUUUUAAGGGCAUGCAGGCGAGGGUUAUAUACCAGGUGCCUUCAACUGCCAUUUCCUGGUCUGUGUAUGAGUUCUUCAAGUAUAUACUCACAAAGCGUAAGCAGAAGAAAGGAACGCUAUGCUGACAGACCUGGCGCUGCAGCCACAACCCCCAAGUCAGCAGCGUCUGUGUAAACUCUCCAGGUCCCUUUCGGUGAUUCUAAAGGUUUCUAGUAGAUUCACAACUAGGUUCUGCUAUGUGUGUGUGUGUUUUUUUUAGAUGCUAAAAGAAAUGGAUUCUCUGCCCUCCCCCUUGCUUUUGCCAAACCAUACCUCUUGAGCAGGUAUUUAUAGUUUUUUCUGUGGAGUUUGUGACUGUGAUAAUUUUGUACAAGGUUCUACAAGGUCUCGUUGCCUAUGGGGGACUGCCUCACAGGGGGUGGGGGGUGGGCAAAGAGCAGUCUUCUGGAUUGGACUUUCCCUCUCUGUUGAAAUAUAAAAGAUCAAGCCUUUUAGCUGAACAAAGUUUUAUAUAGAGGAAUUAUGUGAUACAAGUUAAUGGAUAAUGUUUAUCCUUUUAUUUUUCUGUCUAGGUAAUUUGGGUGGCUUUUAAGAGUUUUACACUUGAAUGAGGUGUGUGUGUGUGUGUGUGUGUGUGUGUGUGAGAGAGAGAGAGAGAGAGAGAGCUUCACUAUUUUUUUAAGUAGUGGAAAACAUCAUUUCUCUCCCUAAACUAGAAUAGCUUUAAUCAUAGCUUCUUGACCAGUGUCUUUGUGGCAAAGGGCUUAUUCACAUGGGAGCAUUACUUCGUAUUAAAGAAGCUGUUUUUACCUCCAUUUUCUAUUUGCACUGUCCACAGCAAGGGCUCAGUGCCAGCUGCAAACAUGGUGUUUUGUAUUCACACUGAGGGGAAGGAUCAGUCACACAAUUUCCCAAUAACCACGCCCUCUAAUAUUUCCACACCCUCUGGUUGCUUGGCAACUAAGCAUGCUCAGUUUGUUCUACUAGUUAGUUUUAUUAAAAAAACACAAGUGUGAUAAUUUGUAUUUUCACUGGUACAGUACAACUGAAAUACAAAUCUUUGUUUCAGCAGUGUUAUGCUUUUGCGCACAAGUUAGGGAGGAAAGAAAAAUGACAUUGUUUGCAGCAACAUAAAAAAGGCUUGCAGAAUGGGGGAGACCAGCUGGAAGUUGUUUGUCAGCCCACAGGAAAUGAAAUGAAUGAAGGGAGGAGUUGAGAGUAGGCGUGGAGUGGGGAACGAUUGACACACCCACCUUAAAGCAUCGGAGCAAAGCAUCUACAAGCACUAGAGAAAGGGAGUGAAGACAUUUUUUCUUCCCUUUCAUAUUAUCAGCGGAUUGAGUUAGUAUGGAUUUACAGGGGGGAAACCUGCAUGAUGGCUUCUGUUUGCCAGUAACGUCAUGUGAACCAUGUGAAUUAAAAGGGGAUGUGGGUAGCACCGAAUGCAUACUAAACCACCGUAGAGAUGAGCCCAAAGAAGUUCUGUGGUUUUUUUCUCUCUUUCUCUCCCCCCCCCCAAUCCUUAAGUAGCUCUUUGAUUAUCCAGUUUCAAGACCACUGGAAGGAACUUAAAUCCUGAGAAACUGCCUUAUGCGAGUAUUUUCCCUGUUAGUGUUUUGGGAUCAGUGGCCACUUCUGGAAACUUCAACCAUUUUUAAGCACUACCAAAUAGAGUGUUAAGCAGACCAUACCUUUAACACUUACAACUGUUUCUCAGGGUACAGUACUUAAAAAAUGAACUGCAUCUCAGUUUCUGAAUAAGUGUUGUGUGGCUGCCCCCGCCCCCAGACCCUCUGCCUGACUUGCACAGGAGUGCAAGUAUGUUACAAUAGAGUGUAUGUGUAAAUUCAACUCUUGAGAGUGUGCCUGUUGGGGGGGAUCAGUUUACAUUUCCAUAAGAGAACUCUCCUUGAAUAACUUCUUAGUGUAAAAAGAAAAAAAAGAAUGACUGACAAACUAAGGCAGCUUUUUGUUGCGGUACAGCAGUAAAGCCUCUCAACCGGAAUGCCUUAGUGGAAGAGGAUGUAAAGUCAAACUCCAAAGCCAAAAAAGAAAGAAAUAGAUAAGUGAGUCUGUGUUUAUUGCUCUUGGCCCUCUGGUCCAUGCAAAUGAAGGUAUGUAGAGUAGUUUUGGCAUGUGUGAUAGCUUUGUGUGCUGUUGAGGAACUCCUUAAUGACUUUUGCAGUGUCCUGAAAACAUCCAUCCAAAGAUACAAUUCAUUUCUGUUUACUUUUUUUUUUUUUAGCAAAUUGGGAUUGCAACUGGUUGUUCCCAUGGUCCCAUUUUGCUUGCGAUACGCAUCCCCGCUUCUGGAAAAUUUAAGGGUGGUGUUCAGUGUUAGUCCUACUCUGCGUAGACCCAUUAAAAUUAACAGACAUGGCUAACUUAGGUCCAUUCAUUUCUUUGGGUCUACUCUGAGUAGGAGUUGGCUAUGGCACUAAAAUUCUAAAGCAAGAUACUUUAAUCCUAACUGGACAUUUAAAAAACAAAACAAAACCUGAACAAUAUGUAAGAGAAAAAUGGCAAGGGGCUGUUCCCUUUAAAAGUGUCUGGACACAUACACUUGAUAAAUAAUAGUUUUUUAUAAGUAGUAGUUCUAUCGUAAGUAAGUGGCAGCUGAUGGCUGCAUGUCGGUGGGGCAGCAGAAUCCACUCCGGGUUUUAGCUGAAGCACCUUGAACAGCUCCUUGGAAGUUCAGACUAAAACCUGGAGCAGAUUCCACUGCCCCACUGACAUGGAGCCACCACAGACCACAGUAUUCUUAAUGCACUUGAUGGACUGGCUGUAGAGCAGCCUUUGCCAGUCUGGCACUCUCCAGCCAUCCGUGCUGUCUGGGGCUGAGGGGAGUUGCAGUCUAAAAUAACUGGAGGGUGCCAUGUUGGUGAAGGCUGCUGUAAGAGUGUAAAGGUUGUAGCUGGUUGCAUUUGAAGAGCCAAAGCUCAGCCUGAUGGCUUUAAUUAUAAAUGCUGAUGGGAAAUUGCUUUAGAUGCUUCCAGACAUCUGCUUCCCCAGUGCCCAGAAGUGAAACAAAAGGCCUCAGAAGAAGGUGGUGGUGGUGGUGGUGGGGCAUUGAUUGGUUAUGAGGGCUUGGAGCUGCUCUUGCUUUGCAUUAUGGCUGCAGCCUUUUGCCCCCCCCAUCCCAUAUAUAUUUGCAGUGGGACUACAGGUUGUGCCUGAUGGGGGCUGGUUCUUGAAACAGCAUCCCAUGUGAAGUGUAGCCCAGUCUACUCCUCCCCCUAUCCUGCCCUGAUCAGUAGGGUCACUCACAUCAUGUUGUGAUGUCACGUUGCAUAUGUCUAUGCAUCAUGAGCUGCCCUUGGCAGAGGAAUGUGUACUGCAUGAUGAUAUCGGCACUUGGGAUAAGUGAGCCUACAUGGUAUGGGUGACCUGGGGAGUAAUGGAUGCAAAUGUCCUGUUUAGGGUUGGGAAAAACAUAGAGGCCCACUUGAGGACUUUCCAGGAUCACUUAGAAAAAGCACAACAUCUGGAAUUGCCCUUUACUUGAUAUGGCUGUAUAAGUGAACCAUUUUCAUUUUGAAGAUGUUGUGAGAUCUGCCUGUUGAGGGAUUCUCCCAUCUGAUGGUGGCAUCCUGUCUGAAAACUGCCUGCCAUUUAAUGGUGAACUUUUAAAUAUAAAUUACAUCAGGGAACUUUCAAUUCCCCCCUACCCGGUGGCUUUUAUUUUUAUUAAGAAAACUUGGGUGUUCUUUUUCUUUCCCAUGUGUUUUGAGUGUGUGUGUGAGUAUUUGUCUCUGGUGAUGGCGGUAGAGUAUUCCCUAGCAAAAAGAGGAUUCAGUUUCUUCAUGUGAUUGUAGAGGUACACACUUGAAUUUGCAAAAUGCCUCUUGAAUCACUACUUAAGCUUUCUUGUUUAAUCUGGUUCUUCUGGUGUCUUCUGGUUCUUGGCUUCUUAGCAGAUAGGUGUGAACUGAAAGGGUAUUUUGUUGUCAAGCUUGCACUAAAAUUUAAACCAGUCUGAUAUAGUACUUCUCACUGAAUGAUUUCCAGGAAAAGGAAGGAUUUCAUUUAAGGUACUGCUGGAGAUCCACAGUCAAAUGUUCUUUUGCAGUGUGUUUACAUGCUGGUUUUCAUGUAACGUCUCUCUGACCUCAGGCACUGAUCAUGUAGAUGUAAAUGCAGGCCAAACACUCCCAACAUCCAUUCAGUCCCUUACCGUUGAGAUGUACUGUUAAGAAACAGCUGUUUCCUUUUUGAAAUGUGUGAGAGAAAUGUUGGCUAAAACCAGGGUUAGCCAACGACCUUAACAUUGCAUUGUUUGGCUAGGGAAACAGUUUACUAUUUGAACAUGAAUGUAUAUAUAUCAUGGCUAGCUGCCUAUUUGUUCAACGGAAAAAGACAUUAAGUUGCAAAACCAAUAGGACUAUUUCUGGCCUUCACAGCCUUUGAAAUAUAGAGGGAUGUUCCAGGGUGUCAUGAUGGACCAGAGAAGAGUUUUGUUACUUCAAAUCUGCUUUGGUCUUGAGGACAAAUUCAGAGUUGAUUAGUAUACAAGAGAGACCAUUUGUCAAGUGUUCAGAGUUGUCCCUGCUCAUAGAAAAUAAGCGUGCCAGGGAGAAGGCUAGGCUAGGUUCUUUGACAAUCUAGAUUUCUUUGCACAGAUAAUUUUUGUAUGGAACCUGUGGCCCUCCAGAUGUUGGACUCCAGCAUCCCAUCAACCCUGACCUAUGGCCAUGCUCGCUGAGGCUGAUGGGAGUUGUAGUCCAACAACAUCUAGAGGACUGGAGAUUCCCCACCUUUAUAUGAUGUAAACCUCCGUCUUGCAAUCUGAAGUGGUAAAGCCCAGACAUGGAUUGAGCAGAAUGCUCAGGACCAGGACAGGUACAUUCACAAUACGGCUCUUUGAAUUUUAGUCUUGUGUUCUCCUUUGAAUAGCAGCUCCCCACCCCCAAUGCCUUACUACAAGCUGCUUUUGCAAAACCCUCUUUUUCAAAAGAAGCUUGCUGGAGAUGUAUGUUUGAACAGGGUGCAGCUCAGAGCUGCUUUCACCCAAGAGAUUGGCGGGUAACCACGAGUCUUCCACUACAGGAACAUGCUGCAAGGGACUACAGCAUUUUGGCUAUGCAAAAUGUGUGCUUAAUCACUGCACAUUUUAAAUACUUUUUUCACACACAAACCCCUCUAUCGCAGCAAUGUGUGGAGUGACCUUCCAAUCUAAUUGGAAAAGGGCCUCUGGAAAAAGCCAGUCCGUUUGGAGUCAGCUCGUGCAUUGCCUUAGAAGAAUGGUGUGCGUAAAGAAAAAGCACAAGCUAGCCAAUCAGGGAUCCAACCUACAGUAGCAUCUCUGAUUGUUAAUGUUCCAGAAUGUGUGCAUGAGAUGACAGAAGUUGUUGUGCAGUGGAGAUCUGUGGACUCAUGCUUUAUGUUGCUUGUGCUAAUAGAUGCCAGUGACCUCAAGCACAGCAAGAGUCUGAAAGCAACCAAAUAUAACUGUGGCCCAGCCCAGAACUCAGCUGGCUAGUAUUUCUUAGGGCCAAACUUAGAUGCGAGUGUGACACACCCAUGCCUUUAAACAUGGAACUUCUCCAAGUGUGUGCAACUGGGAGUGGGAUUCAGAAUGCAAAAGGGGCAUGAAGGUGGUGGUGGAGUUUGCUGGACCAUUUACCUGCUGGCUAUUUCCACCCCUGAAUGUGCACACCAGGAGUCUAUCUACCAAGAUCACUUUCCCUAGCCAGACUCCCAUCCUAUAAGUGAGCUUGGCUGAAGGGAGAAGGUGUGUGUGUGUAUUAGGGGGCAGAAUGUGUGGGGGUGGGUUCAGGAGCCCUACCAUCUAUGCAUAAUUUUUUCUGCAUUACAUCACACCCAUCGCUGUCCAUGCAGUUGGGGUAAGGCUAAAGACUGGUGUACCAUGGUCUCCCUUUAUGCUGACUUGACUUGAUUUGCUUGUUACCUAGAUCAGAGUCUGGGAUGUUGCCAGGCACUAGGCUGACUUCUCAGUGGCUUGUAUGUGAAGCAUCAGGAGAAGAUGCUGGCAGCCAUAGGUGGGACGUGGCUGAAGUCUCUGAGUGUGGUCUUCAUUUUAAGAAAAACAAAAAUGGCUGAAUCCACAGUAAUGCUGAAAUGGCUGGAUUGCCAUUCUGAAGCUCAUCCUCUAAAGCAGGGGUUAGCCAAUUGGGUGUCUUCCAGAUGUUAUGGACUACAACUUCCAGCACCUCUGACCAUUGACCAGGUUGGACUCCAGCUCCCAUCAGCCCUUGUCAACAAUGAAGGGCCACAGGAUUCCCAACCCCUGCUCUAAAACCAUGUUACCUUGUGCCAUGUGUUGGGCCUAGGGUCCCCACUAAGAAAUGAAAAUAUUCUAGCAGCUAAAAUGUUGCAUUGAAAAGUCUUUAAAAAGCAAAGCAAAACACAAAACUUGGAAGUAAACGCACAUUUUUUUAAAAAGUGAAAUUUUAAGUUGACAUUUUGCUCUUCUAAAGAUGGCCUUUUUAUGAAUUUACCAAUGUCUGCUUUUUAAAAGAAUGUUUAUACACAUAUAUAUGUAUAUAUUUAACAGGACAGAAAGUUGUGUUUCUGAGAAAUGCUGCUACAGUUAAAACACUGGAGCUCAAGAAAUAAAAAUACAUGAUUUGA